UGUUUCGCUGCUUUGCAAGAGGCGGAAAGGGAGCUGGGAGCCGCGCGGCUGGCCCCAGGCCCCUGCGCCUUGCCGCCAGCAAGUAGGUGGGGGAGCCACCGCUGCCGCCAGCCCCAUCCCGCUCCCAAGCCUCGCCCGCUGCGCCCUGGCCGCGGGCGCAGAGAGGGUGCGGGGCCUCGCAGUGCCUCCUCCACCCUGCUCAUUAACCUGCCUGCUCCGCUGCGCUCCGGGCGUCCCCACACACAGGCUUCUCGCAGAAGCACCCGCGGCCCUCCGGGCGCAGCCUCCGCCCCGACCCCCGGCUUCGGGGGGCAAUGAGGGGGCGGUGGAAGGGGCACUGCUCCUCGGGCAUUACUUAGAGAAGCGCGACCGCCCCGCCCUCCCGCCGGCCCUCCCUCUCUCCCGCCCGGGCCCGCGCGCCACUCCGCCAGAGGGACAGUCGGCCCAAUAUGUCAAGACCUCUGAUCACUAGAUCCCCUGCAUCUCCACUGAACAACCAAGGCAUUCCUACUCCAGCACAACUCACAAAAUCCAAUGCGCCUGUCCACAUUGAUGUGGGCGGCCACAUGUACACCAGCAGCCUGGCUACCCUCACCAAAUACCCUGAAUCAAGAAUCGGAAGACUUUUUGAUGGUACAGAGCCCAUUGUUUUGGACAGUCUCAAACAGCACUAUUUCAUUGACAGAGACGGACAGAUGUUCAGAUAUAUCUUGAAUUUUCUUCGAACAUCAAAACUCCUCAUUCCUGAUGAUUUCAAGGACUAUACCUUGUUAUAUGAAGAGGCAAAAUAUUUCCAGCUGCAGCCCAUGUUGUUGGAGAUGGAAAGAUGGAAGCAGGAUAGAGAAACUGGUCGCUUUUCAAGGCCUUGCGAGUGCCUUGUGGUGCGUGUGGCCCCAGACCUUGGAGAAAGAAUCACACUCAGCGGAGACAAAUCCUUGAUAGAAGAAGUGUUUCCAGAGAUCGGAGAUGUGAUGUGUAACUCUGUCAACGCAGGCUGGAAUCACGACUCUACGCACGUCAUCAGGUUUCCACUAAAUGGCUACUGUCACCUCAACUCAGUCCAGGUCCUCGAGAGGUUGCAGCAAAGAGGCUUUGAAAUUGUGGGCUCCUGUGGGGGAGGGGUAGACUCAUCCCAGUUCAGCGAAUAUGUCCUCCGGCGGGAACUGAGGCGGACACCCCGUGUGCCCUCUGUCAUCCGGAUAAAGCAAGAGCCUCUGGACUAAUAGACAUACUUCUUCUGCAAAAAAAGGAAAACACACAACAAAUAACACAAACAAGCAAGGGACAUCCGUGUGCAGUUGGGACAGCCAACCAAGUCCUGGACCUAAAAUCGAAUAAAAGACACAUUUAUAUCCACUAGAGACCACACCUGUAUUCAUAUGGGAACAAUUGGAAUAAUGAUAUCCUCAAGGUGUAAAAAAUAUAUAAAUAUAUAUAUACAUAUAUAUAUAUGUCAAAUGGUAGGAAAUGCAAAAAAAAAAAAGAAGAAGAAGAAGAAAACCGUGAUAGCUCCAGUUGGUGCUGUGAUGGCCGUGAAGUGUCCUGGGCCUCCUGAGGCCUCCGACCUAUAAAAGCCAUGAAUGGUGAGGACACAGUCUCCUUACAGUUUUCAUUGCCAACAGCCAUCCAUUGUUUCUUUUUCCUUUAUCUUUCUUUUUCCUUUUUUUUUUUUUUUAAUAAAAAACAAAAAACAAAAAAAGAAACAGAAACAAAAACAGACACCUUGAAUCUAGUUUCUUUGCGUAUGGAGGUUUCAUGUCUCUCUUGGACAGGGACCAGGCAGGACUUCCGAAAAACUCUCAUGAGCACAUUGCAUAUGGAAGACGUUAGACAUGAGAUUUUAAAUGUAGUUUGUACAGAAGUCACACUUUUUUGUCCGCCUCACAGAUGUGAACUUUACUUUGUUUUUAAACUGCUCAGUUUUGCAAAGGGGCCAGAAUUAUUACUUGUUAGAAUUGCUCCAGUUUGCGUCUGCUGCUUU